AGCAAAGUUGUCAUCAAGGUCGCCAAGAUGGCGGACACGAAGGUGCCUGCGACCGGGCCAAAACAAAAAUUACCUGCAAUUCCUGAUAUUGAAUCACCUUUACCCAAUGAGAAGGUAUGGGAAUACCGGAGGCGUGUACUUCAAGCUCAAAUCAACAAAGGGAGCAGAUAUCCGCCGUUUUCAAUCGAGCCUAUGCCAUGGGAAAGGCAAAGGAUAAAUAGCCCUAUGUCUGAAGAAGAUAGAUUUCUCAGAAAACAGUGGCUUAGAGACCAAAACUUGUCACCAAAUGAACCAAGGAAUGUUCCUGAGGCAAAGCCCAUGUUCAGAGCGAGACGCCUUAUAAGGAUACCAUGGGACAUGGCUGAAGUUGUGAUGGCGAAAGUAAUAGGCCAAAAUGCAGCUGGAGUUAUACGUUUGAUCACUCCUAAAAUUCUCUUUGCUUAUGUUCUUGGUGUAGCUGGGUUCUAUCAUAUAUACUACAACCCUAGGUCGUGGGAGUCACAUCAUGGUUUCUUUUUAUUUGGGAGCAGACGAUCUAGAUUUCCAGGAGCGGAUCAUAGUGCUUUUCCACCAGAUGUUGAAACAUUUAACUUGCAAGGAUUUGAUUACAGAAAAAGUCAUUUAAAUGCAAGGACAAGUGCACAAGGACAGUAAUUGGUGUAUUCUUUGAUGAACUUCUUAAAACAUGUCAGGAAUUAGAAGUACAUUAGGUUUUCCUGAUCUAUAAUGAUGCAUUUAUCAAAAUUCUCUAGUAUUUACUGAAACCUUAUUUACAGUAGAAAUUUCUGAAAAGAGAAAUGUGCUAGAAUUGUUCAGAAAAAAAAUUUGUUUACAACACUCUUAAAUUGCCAAUGUAACUCUUGUUAGCAGCAUUGACUUCUAGAUGCAUUGUAAUUUAGAAUACAGAAUUUGGUAUGGAAAAAAUGUAUUCAUUGAUAUUGAUAGAAAGCUGUUUGUUUUGUAAAAUAAAAUAUUAAAGAAAA